AUGACUCUCGUUCAGCAUGAACUGAGCGAGCCGUACGUUAUAUACACAUACCGAUAUUUCCUGCGGCAGUGGCCACAUCUUUCAUUUCUCGCUUAUCCAGACGAAACGUCUGGCCCUGUAGGUGUCAUCGUCUGCAAACAGAGCAUGCACAAAGAUGUCACCAACAGAGGGUACAUUGCUAUGCUCAGUGUGCAUAGGGACUGGCGUAAACGCGGAAUUGCUAGCACUCUUGUGCGUCGAACGAUUGAAAUUAUGAAGCUGGACGGGGUGGAGGAAGUCGUCCUUGAGACAGAGUAUGAUAAUUCCGCAGCCCUUUCCCUCUACGAAUCUCUAGGAUUUAUACGAGAGAAACGGCUGUUCCGCUUCUACCUUAAUGGCAAGGACGCGUUCCGGCUUGUCCUCGUCGUUCCACCCGUCGAGUAUGAUGAAGAUAACGAUGAUCUCAAGACCCACCCCGCUCUCAUGAAACCACUCUACCUCGCACCCCCGCGCACCAUUGCCAUUCCGGCUCUACCGUACGACUCCGAUGACGAAUCAUCCCGCUGA